CCAGUUUGAACAACCUAGAGUCAGCAACUGCAGCUGCAACCCAGAGAAGAAGAAUGGUACAGCAAAAGAAUAUGGUCAGCUCAGCCUCACCCCAGUCCUGACACAACCCACAGAGCCCCAUGUCUAUGGCUAUUGGCUGAUACAUUACAGUCUGCAAAAGACUCUCUCAAUCGGUGGUGCACUCCCUGCAGACACUGCCUAAGGAAAACUCAAAUGAGGCCAAAACCAAAAUCCUAGCCUUUCUUUCUUUCUUUAUUUAUUUUUUUGGCUGGAGACAACAUUUUUUGCCGAAAAUUGACUCUACAAAGCCAGUGGGAGCAUACCCUUUUCUCUGUGUCACCCUCAUUACCAUUCAAACACAAAGCCCGCCACCUCUCUCUCUCUCUCUCUGUACAAUUCAAAUCUUACCCUUUUCGCCAUUCCUUUUUUGGUGACAGCACUGUUCUUUUGUUGAAAUUCAGCAAACCCAACUUAUAUUUUUCUCUUUCACAACCCUUACUGUCCCUCUUUUUUGGUGUUUGGUAUGAAGUUCUUAUCGUCUUCCUCCUCUUCCUCCUCUUCUUCCACUGCCUCUUUCAAUGCAAAUAUGUGCAAUUCAAGGAAUGCCACUGCCGGGUGCUUUGCCAGCGUCUUGCGGCGGCUUCUUUGCUCUGGUAGUCUCCCUACACACCCUUCUGAUCACAUUAGAGAUUCUGGCUUAGUAGUGUUUGGUAAGGACGAAAAUUUGAAGGCUGGGGAGAAGAUGGAGGGUGUAGCCACGCCCGGGAUAGUAGCAAGGCUAAUGGGGUUGGAUUCGAUGCCAGAGAUCAACUUGGUUUGCAGUCAGAUAAAAGGCAAUUCAAUUGUGCGAAGCAGAUCCAUGAAUUCUAUGGAUUGCUGGCCAGACUCUGAGGCAAUGCAGGGAAAGCAUCGUCGGGUCAAGUCCUCAUUGUCGUUUCGAGAGACACCAGUGUUCUUUGAGAUGGAAAAUGAGGAGUACUUGUUGCUCAGCUUCGGGAAUGAAGGUGAAACCAAGAAAUUGAGACAGAAAGAGAGGAAAUGCGAGAUGGGUUCUGGAGGAUUGAGGCAGAGAACCAGAGAGAGAUGUGGAAACAAGAACACUAGAAGACAGCGUGUGUCUGAGAAGAAGGAUAAGGAAGAUGGCGAUGCUAGAAAGAAUGUCCCAAUUGGGAAGGAGAAUACCAACAGGAGGGUCUCUGAUCAGCCUUCUCAGAUGGUAUGCAACAAUGGCGAAGUUAAAGACUUUCCUGCACAAGAUUCCUUCAAAAAACCACAAGUUUCCUCAGAGGAUGGAGCAAAGCUAAGGGACAAAAAGAAGAGUCGUUCUGCAACUAAGAAAGUAGAGCCUGAGUGCAGUUCCGAAAAUUCAAGCCCAGUCUCUGUUCUUGAUUUUGGUGAAUGUAUUAAUGAUCCAGAACUUCCUAUACCAGAAGAAAAUCUCAAGUCUACUGAUUCAAGUUCAAGAAGGAAACUAUCACCUGAACUGGAAAAUUACGAGCACCCAUCUUCAGAAAACGCCAGUAGUUCAAUUGGUGAUGAUGGGGAAGCAAAGAAAAUUGAAGGGAAAUGCACUGGAUCAAGGAAGACAGCUUGCCAUGGCCAGAAAUACUUGGGCAUGUGGGUUGAAAUCUGCAGGUUGGCUGGGGGAGAGAUGAUGGAAUCCAGCUGGUUAUACAAUGAAAUAAAGAAGCAUGAAGAUUUUGAAGAUCUUGGUGCAGAUUUCGGAUUACACAUCCUGGAUGGAUUGUUACAAGAACUAGUAGAUCACCUUUGUGAACUUCCCAUGAAAAUUUUUUUGUAAAAUUUGAAUCUUCUGUA